GAGGAAGGCCCGCCAGGCAAAGGCUCGCCGCAUCGCUCCCCGUCCUGUGGCUGGACCCAUCCGGCCUAUAGUGAGGUGCCCUACUGUCAGAUACCACAAAAAAGUUCGUGCGGGCAGAGGUUUCAGCCUAGAGGAGCUUAAACUCGCUGGCAUUAACAAAAAGUUUGCCCGGACUAUUGGAAUCUCUGUGGAUCCCCGGAGACGUAACAAGUCUACUGAGUCCCUGCAAGCCAACGUGCAGAGGCUGAAGGAGUACCGCUCCAAGCUCAUCCUAUUCCCAAGGAAGCCGGCUAUGCCUAAGAAGGGAGACAGCUCUGCUGAGGAACUCAAGAUGGCGACUCAGCUGACUGGACCGGUUAUGCCGAUCAAGAAUGUUUUCAAACGGGAGAAGGCCCGCGUUAUCUCAGAAGACGAGAAGAACUUCAAGGCCUUUGCCAGCCUGCGCAUGGCGCGGGCCAACGCCCGUCUCUUUGGGAUUCGUGCGAAACGCGCCAAAGAAGCGGCAGAACAGGAUGUGGAGAAGAAGAAAUGAACUGUUCUCCCUAGAACUGUCAAUUAAAAAAAAAUGUAGAAAU